AUGAGAAAAUUCAAUAUCAUGCCUAAACCAUUUGUUUCUAUCUCCAUAAUCGUCAAUGCCAGUCUGGGUUUUGGCUCUUUUGUGGGUUUGCUUUUGAUUUUCUUUUCUGCUUCUGUUGGCUUUGUAUUGAUUGGGAAUUUGAUUUUUGAGAGGUUUUAUUUAUGCUAGAGAGAUCGACUACACUGGUUUGAAAUGAUUGAUGCUGUUAGCAGAACCUAGGUUCUUUUGAAAAGCUAAAUAUAAUUAAUUGCGAAUCCUUUAGUUAAUCGGUUUUCAAAUGAAUUCGGGGCUUUCAGUUUUCCCAAGCUUUACUCGAUGUGAAUUACAUCUGGGUUUUCAUUCCAUUAUUUGUCGAUAAGUUAUUAAGUAAUGGAAGUAAGGAAGUUUUUGCUUUGAAUGAAAAUACACGAUUGCCAAAGAAGUGUGAUGUGGAAUCUAGUAUUCAAGCCGUAGGGGAAAGUCUAUAUAUGUUUCUCUGUAUGAUUGAUCUUCUGCUAUUAAUGUUCCUUCAUAUGAGCAACAUUUGAAGGUUAGCAACAAUGCCUUUUUUUCAAUGUUUGUACUGUUUCGUAUUGGCAUUCAGGCUUUAAAAUCUAACCAUAGUGCCACACUAGAUUGGCACAUGACUAGCGUUCAUGUACAGAUGAUGUAUCAAAAUUGGAUGCAAGACUAUAGCAAAGAGGCCCCCCAUGGCUUUAGUCAAUCGUAUGAUUAAAUGGCAACUGAACAAGGAUGUACAAACUUGAUUAGAAUCGGCACUGGCUUGACAGGAUGCCAUAGUGCUUCAUCUAACCGCAGUUGUUUUAUAGUUCAUCGUAUGGGAUUUUUUUUACUGUUCAGUUCCGGAGACGAUCUUGGUGAUCCACUAAUCUAAGGAGGAAGUUUGAGCUCGAGUUUGCGCUGUGCAAUUCGAGGAGACGCUAGAAAUUGUUAUAAUAAGAUACGGAAAGUUUGUAAAGAAGAGCACUCGGCAGCCAAAGUCCGUCGACUGUUUCGUCCAGUUUCUAUUCGCAGAAUUCAAACCCUAAAGAUGCUUAUAGAAGAAGUAAAAGAAGCAACAGCCACGGAAGAAGAGCACAAUGUGAAGUCCCAAAAACCCUCGCCGUCGUCGUCCGCCCACAAAGAUUCGUCCGAUGGCUUCGAAACUGCCAGCGACGGCGAGUUGGGACCCACCGACAGCGACGAUGAAUCCCAACACCACCUCCAUCUCCAAGAGGAGCCGCAAAAUCUCUCUGCGGCCGAUCAACAGAAAUCACUCGAGCAAGCAAAUGAGGUUAAAUUGCAAGGCAAUGGACUGUUUGGGAAUGGGCAAUAUGAAGAGGCAUUGUCGCAGUAUGAACUUGCUUUACAACUUGCGCCUGACAUGCCUUCAUCUGUGGAAUUACGUUCCAUAUGUCAUUCAAACCGUGCCAUAUGCUUCUCGAAACUGGGAAAGUACGAAGAUGCAGUUAAGGAAUGCACAAAAGCAGUGGAACUAAAUCCUUCAUAUUUGAAAGCACUGAUUAGAAGAGCUGAAGCUCACGAAAAGCUAGAACACUUCGAAGAGGCUAUUACUGAUAUGAAAAAGAUAUUAGAACUUGAUCCUUCAAAUGACCAAGCCAGGAAGGCCAUUCGACGCUUGGAGCCACUUGCUGAAGCAAAGAGAGAAAAGAUGAAAGAGGAGAUGAUUGGGAAGUUGAAAGAUAUGGGCAACUCUUUGUUGGGCCGAUUUGGAAUGAGUGUGGACAACUUCAAAGCCGUUAAAGAUCCUAACACCGGAUCAUAUUCUAUUUCAUUCCAACGUUAAACAUGGUGAAAUUGUUGAUAGUAUUUUCCCCUUUUCAUGUAUUUGGACAAUUCUAUAUGUGAAUCUCGUUGGUAGUUGAUGAGAGUUUAUUAUAUUUGAUCAUGUUAUUCUUGGUGGUUUAUUGUCAACUCCCAUCAUUUACAUAGACUGUUGUCCUUCUCAUUGUUGCUUUCCAAAAUGCAGUGUGUUUAUAGUUAUCAUAUUGAAAC